CUCAUUACGCAUCGGCCUAGCGAGGCGGCCUUUGAUCUCCUACGUAGCCUCCUGGUGUACGGACCCAACGUGCGGCAGGCCGCUGCAGACGCUCUCGGCUCAGCCUUCUUCGCGGACCUCUUCAACCAACCCACGGCCUCCUCCUCCGAGGGCGGCACAGGGACAGUAAAGUCCACCCUCAGCUUCAUUGACAACUUCUCCGAGGAGGGUGAGUGUCACACACACACACACGCCUUAUCGACGCUCAUUUGA